AUUUGAAACUGAUUUACCGUGCACUAGCAAUCAUCGGUUCUAUCACCAUCAACAUGAGCCUUAAGAUCGAAACUGUUGCAACCACCCCAUUCGAGGGCCAAAAACCAGGUACCAGUGGUCUACGGAAGAAGGUAAAAGUGUUCACCCAGAAAAACUAUACCGAAAACUUUGUCCAAUGCAUUCUGGAUGCCAACGGUUCUGCCCUGGCAGGUUCCACCCUCGUGCUCGGCGGCGAUGGCCGUUACUUCUGCAAGGAAGCCUCCGAACUGAUUGUACGGCUCUGUGCUGGUAACGGUGUGCGCAAGAUUUUGCUCGGCCAAAACGGUAUCCUUUCCACACCGGCCGUGUCCAGCUUAAUCCGUCGCCACAAGGCACUGGGUGGAAUUGUGCUAACCGCUUCCCAUAAUCCCGGCGGUCCGGAAAAUGAUUUCGGCAUCAAGUUUAACUGUGAAAACGGUGGACCAGCUCCGGACGCGUUCACGAACAAAAUCUACGCCCUGUCGGGUGAAAUCAAGCAGUACAAAAUAGCGCCCGUUUCGGUGGACGUUGGCGUAGUGGGUGUGACGAAUGCUGAGGUAGACGGUAAACCGUUCACGGUCGAGGUGAUUGACUCGGUGUCGGAUUAUGUGCUGCUGAUGAAGGAAAUCUUUGACUUUGAGCAGUUGAGCGGAUUCGUGAGUGGGAAAUCACGGCCCGGUGGCGCACCGCUCAAGAUGCGUAUCGAUUCGAUGAACGGUGUAACGGGUAGCUAUGUGAACGAGAUCUUCGUAAACUGUCUCGGUGCGUCGAAGGAUGGUGUUGUCCAUACGACACCACUGCCCGACUUUGGUGGACUGCAUCCGGAUCCGAAUUUGACGUACGCCAAGGACCUGGUCGAUACGGUUCGGGCAGGCGAUUACGAUAUUGGAGCAGCGUUCGAUGGGGAUGGUGAUCGUAACAUGAUUAUCGGUCGUAAAGCGUUCUUCGUAACACCGAGCGAUUCGUUGGCGGUGAUCGCACACUAUCUGGAGUGCAUUCCGUACUUCAAGCGCAAUGGUGUUCAGGGACUUGCACGCAGCAUGCCGACCGCUUCGGCCGUUGAUCGUGUUGCGGAAGCGCUGGGCAAGGAGAUGUUUGAGGUACCGACCGGGUGGAAGUACUUUGGCAAUCUGAUGGAUGCUGGCCGGCUGUGUCUGUGUGGCGAGGAAAGCUUCGGCACGGGAUCUAAUCAUAUCCGCGAGAAGGAUGGUGUGUGGGCCGUACUGGCUUGGCUCUCGAUCAUGUCCCACACGGGCAAAAGCAUUGAGGAUAUCUGUGUGGAGCACUGGAAGCGUUAUGGACGCAACUAUUUCACACGUUACGAUUACGAGGAGUGUGACUUGGCACCGUGCAACGAGAUGAUGGAAACGCUCGAGAAAACCAUCACCGAUCCGGGCUUUGUGGGUAAAGAGUUGAGUGCCGGCGGCAAGACGUACAAGGUGAAGCUGGGCGACAACUUUAGCUACAACGAUCCGAUCGAUAAGUCAGUAUCGACCAAGCAAGGGCUGCGGAUUGUGUUCACCGAUGGUAGCCGCGUCGUAAUGCGGCUCAGUGGUACGGGUAGUUCCGGUGCUACCGUGCGGCUGUACAUCGAUUCGUACGAGAAGGAGAACGUGCUGGGCAGUGCGUCGGAAAUGCUGAAACCCUUGAUUGAUAUUGCACUGGAAGUUUCCAAACUGCCUAGCUUCACUGGGCGUAAUGCACCGACCGUUAUUACGUAAAUUGGGGUUUACUCUUGAACGGUGCA